AAUGAAUUGUAUAUUUCAUCUGCAACAUGUGUUCUCGUUCAAUACAUAUCACAUAAAUUAAUGGUGAAGUAAACGUACAUGUAUAGAAAGAAGAAAAAAAGUGAAGAAUGGGAGAUUACUAUCUUGAUUCAUGGGAGGAGUACAAUAACCAGAACGUGUUAGUCGUGUUAAUUGGUUUCGUUAUGAUUAUUGUACUUUUGGUAUACCUAUGGAGGUGUUGUAAAUGUGACGAAGAUUCGCCGGGGACGACGAUAACUCCAGCAAGACAACAAAUUCCGUUAGUGCCAUGCUAUGCCCAUGAGAUCGAACCAGGACUUGUUGUGCUUCAAAGUCCUGACGGUGAAUAUUUCCGGAUUUUGCAAGAGUAUGAUGCAACAAAACUUCCUAAACAACCAACUGCUUCUAACGGAUUACCACAGCCCUUACAUUUCGUCCCUCAAUUUACAAGGGCACAUUAUCAGACGCAUGCGCAACCAACUGCACCAUCGACUGAGCAAUCACAUCUCAUCGAUUUUGGAGCAACUGCAAAUCCUCCACCGUACUACACUCCAGGCGUACAUCAUUGACUUAAGUUGAGAUAUAGGAUUUGAGCUUUUUACAGUAUUUGUGUUUCUUUCGAAUAUGCAAAGUUUCAUAUAAUUGAUAAUAAAGUACACAUUUAUUAUGUAUCAUAUAUAUACAAUCUACAAAAUAUACAGUGAUGUAUUGAUUUUAGCAUUACAUUUUGGAAUUAUUACUUAUAUCUAUUAUGCAUUAUUUGUAUACUUUGGAAAAAUCAUACAACGUCUUAUUUAUUAUUAUCGGGAAUUGAUACCAUGUGAUUUCAUUUCAUGUAUAAAAAGUGACGUUGGCUAUUCGUCAAUGACGCAGCAACCAAACGACCCAAUGCAAAUUAAUGACCUCUUGAGGACCGUAAUUGACAAAUGAUUAUGCAAUGAAAAAUAUAUAAAAAAGAUACAUGAUAAUACAAAUCUUAAAUGUAGUGUUCUGAUUAUCAUUUUCGCUGAAUUAAGAUAGUAAAGGUAGCCAUUUAAACUAAACAUUACUUAUUUAAAUAAAUGGUCCUUUAACAACUCAUAUUGCAAAUACUAUUGCUAUUACUAAUAUAAAGUUUUUUUUCUUCUUUA